AAUACAGCGUUUUCAUUGGAUGACAAAUAAAGUUGGACACUAAAGUAGUUUUAGUAUAUUUAUUUGAACUGAUUCAAAAUGGGCCGAUUUAGUGAAGGACCGAAACUUUUUGGGCCGAAAUGACUAGGGAAAAAGCCAAAAGUUGCGAUUGCUUAUAACGUAUGAAAGAGAUUUUACCAGAAAUAUACUAGUACCGUCUAGAUUGGAGCCAGGGUUACUGUUGCAGAAUAGGUCUGGUCAGUUGAAGUUGUCAGCGUACAUGAACUAUGGUCUUCUCACUGUACACGUUAUCCAGGGACGUCAUUUUAGUUCAGCAUGGAAACAACAGGCCAACACGUUUGUCAUGAUCUCAGUCAUCCCUGAGGUUACAGGUGUAACCCCCACACGCUGUAGAACGGCCAUCGUUACAGACAGUACACGCCCAUCGUACAAUGAGAAGUUUUCUUUUGAGGUUGGUGAUGAUGAUGUUCACAGACGACUCUUGUUGACAGUCUAUCACAGAGAUUCUUCUGGUAACCACGAGUCUCUGGGAUGUACAUCAUUUGGUAUCAGACACCUCCAGCAGGGAAAUCGUGAAGUAAAUGGUUGGUACCACCUUCUCACUGACAGUGUUGGUCACAAGAAACAUCUACGUGUAACCGCCAAGGACAGACCUUCUGUUCCUGUGAUGCAGAGCCGAGAACCACGCCAGAUACCAGCCGUUAAUCGUGAUGUACCAGAUCUUGAUCGCCUAGACUUGACCAUCUAUCGUUCCCAGUAUGGUGGUUUUGGUUUCUCUGUUGUUGACUCGUGUCCAGUGAAGAUUGGUCGUGUUGAUGGGUCAUCUAGUGCUCAGGAAGUUGGUCUUCAGAAAGGUGAUCUUGUUAUCCGGGUCAAUGGUCAGAAUGUGUCAAGGUCAACUUCAGUCAGUGUAGCCAGGUGUAUAAAGAAGUCGGGAAAUAGAGUACAGUUAGAGGUUCAACGCCCAGGUUGUUAUGCCACACCCACUCCUCUCCAAUCAUCCGCCUUGAAGUCCAGCAGUGAAGACUCUGGUAACACCUCCGUACAGGAAUUUACGAUCUGUGACGACAGAACGGCUCUACUCAACUCAGCCAUUAGUGUAGACACACGCAGACAGGCUGCUCUUCAUCGGUUAUUAUGCCUUGAGGAGAACUUUGUCGACUUUAUGAACUCGGGAAUACAGAAGUUUUCACGUCCCCUCCGCCACUGUGUUAUCAACAGCUCCCAGCAUGCAACACUCUUCCAGAACAUAGAAAAGAUAGUAUGUAUGAGUCAGUACCAGGUACACCAGAUAUUAGAUAAUCUCCCAUCCUACACACCCUCUGAUGAUGAUGAUGAUGAUACUGACACUUCGUUUGUUGUUGAGAAUGAUCUUACAUCAGUCAUCGCCAUGAUCUACCUAUCUAAGUUACCAGUGAUCUGUACUGCCUACGCCUUAUACGCUAGGGGUCUGUCCCACGCUGCCUCCUUGCUUGGUUCCCUGGAGAAGAACGAUCAGUUCUGUGGAUUUCUACUUAACGUCUCUCAACAAGGGAAGGAACCCAGUCUGUGUGACUUCAUUAACCGUCCCCUCGCCCACUUUCAGGAAGUGUUUGGUCUGCUUCAGAUUAUAUCUACAACUACAAUGCCUCACUCAGAAGAACGAGCCAUGUUUUAUGACAUUCUCACAGGACUACAGUCUGUUAACGAGCUGGUUGCCCACACAGACUUGGUCACCAGUACUUUUCCUACCACCGUUAUCACCUUACCUACAGGUUCAACCCAGCGCCGAGUACCACUAAUGGGGUCACUAGUCUUGAAACGGUCAUCGUCUGAGACUUCGUCUUCGAGCGGGUUUGGAAGUGGGUCAUCUCAGAACUCGGACAUUCCUUCAUGUGGUUCAGAGACAGAGACCAUUGUUUGUGAUCAUUCUGUGUUUCUAAGUACACUUGUGUAAAGUGAAAAAUGGAUUAUAUGAAAGUGCUAUCUGUGUAACACAUUAUGUUUUGCAUAUGUGUACAUUUGUGUUGUUGUUAAUUAUGCUGUGUUAAUUUUGAAAAUGUGCCUAUUGUUAAUGAUAUUUGUUUUUACAUUGUAUAUAGAUUUUGUAAAUAUAUUAUUGUUAUGAAUAUAAAUCAUGUCUUUCAUUUCUUUCUUGAAGGGAUUGCUGUUAACUUGACAUAAUUGCAAACUCUGAAAAUAAUUGUUGUCAUUGGAUGAUUAAAUACUUCACAACUUGUGUAAAGAAUUAAAUAACAUUUUUCAUGAAUUUUUUGAAUUGCAAUAAUAAUGAUGUCAAUAUCAGAAUAUUUACAGUAAUUUCUUCCUUUCUACACUCUUUCUGAAUUCAAAUCCUAUCUUUCUUCUUACUCGAUUAAUAUUAUAUUAAAACAAAUAAAAUGUUGAAAA